CCCGCAUUACAGGCACAAAGUGGGAUAAACAAGUCUGCAGCGCGCCUGACGCUCCGGGCUCUGCCGUGUGUGUGUGGUUAUUAAAGAGCCGGACCUGCCGCCUUACCGGCCACUUCUUCAGGCAGUCUGCGCACAGAACCCGUGACGCGAGGAGAGAGAGAGACUGUGUAUGUAAGAGACUCGGCAUAUCGCUCUGUCAUUAUGGACUGAUGACAUCUCAGAGUAGAGAGAUGGAACUACGGCGGACGGAGUGGGCGGUUCUCGUCAUAUUGGUUGUGCUGUCGCGUUUGGUUAAAGUUCACGCCGUGUCUUACCGCGUCCGUCCGGAGUCCCUGGCCGUACGGGAGGGACAGACGGCAACGCUGCGAUGUGCCUUCCUCGGACUGACGUCACAGAGCGUUGUCUUCUGGGAAGGGCCGCCCAACUUUGCCGUCAUCUCCACAGGACGAGAGGUCGACCCGCGUUACCCCAGGCACCGCAUCAUCGGGGAUCCCGCCAGAGGAGAGUACCACUUAGAGAUCAAAGAUGUUGACAUCAGGGAGGAAGGAGGCUACAGAUGCAGCACUCUCGGUCUUACCGAAAAGGCAGAAGUCACUUUGAACGUUGUGGUUCCGAUGAAAAAACCUCCGGAGAUCAAGGGACGUGACGUCACGUUCACAGCCGGACAGCCGAUGACGCUAACUUGCGUGGCGACCGAAGGGAACCCUCUACCCAGGCUGAGGUGGUUCAACGCUACCAAACUACUGCAACAGACGAAUCAGAACGCCAUGGCGGAAGUCGUGCCCAGCGUCAGCCUCGACUUGGUGAUUCCGGAAGUUGCCCGAUGGGAUCAUGGGAAGAACGUUACGUGUGUGGCUGACCAAGGUUACCCUGACCUUACAACCAACAUGGCGGCUUCAACGAUAUUAAACGUGCAUUAUCCCCCGAUAGUGCGGAGUAGGAGACAGACACUCCGGGUCAGUGAAGGGGAGACGUUAGACCUGCGCUGUGACGUGGACAGCAACCCGCCAGCUGCUGUGUCAUGGCGGAAAGUGGAUGGCGACAUCCCGGGGAAUGCGGAAAUCAGAGGUAACGAAUUACGCCUACCAAAACUGAGCAGAACUGCAGCUGGCGGCUACAGGUGUCUGGCGAACAACGGCAUCCUGCCGAGUGGAGAGGGCUCCGUCACACUGAUUGUGCUGUAUCCACCCAGUAUCACGUCUGGAUUCGAGGACAAAACGAGCGCUCUAGCCGGCGGGGAAGGGUUCUCUCUUCGGUGCGAGGCGGAGGGAUAUCCCAAACCCCGGGUACGGUGGAGGCGGAAGGGUACAAAGCUGUACUUUGACAACCCGCUGGAGUUUACGCAGAUUGACUAUGACAUGGAGGGAGAUUACGAGUGUGUCGCUUCUAACGGGCAGAUAAGGAACGAUGUGAGGCACACCUUCGUGGAUGUCAUCGGAAAGCCCUACAUCAACACUGUGAGUUUGAAAGUGUCUGUGCGGUCCGGAGACACGGCCAGACUUGUGUGUGAGAUUCUGUCCGACCCCCUUCCUGAGGAGACAAGAUGGCUGCGGCGUGGCCCCGGGCAACAGGACAAACCGGUCACGGCCAGUCAGCGACCAGGAAUCAGGCAGGAGGAGAGAAGUUCCGCCAGUGGCGUGACGAACACCUUGGUGAUUUCUCACGUGGGCCGUUCUGACGGCGGAGUUUACGUCUGCGAGACAACAAACACGUUCGGCACCUUCCAGCGGGAGUUCCACAUGGACGUCAAAGCAACCAACACUCAGGCUGUGGUCAUCGCGUCUGUCACGGUCAUCGUCUUGCUGAUUCUGUUCGCCACGAUUUUCAUCUGUAUCGCCAAGAGGACGGGAUUGACGGAAAGGGUUAGGCGCGAGAAAGCGUCGACCUCUGACCUGACGCUACCCCGGGCGUUGCCUCCCCUCCCCUCCUACAUGGUUCCCGUGGGGUCGGACCCGGGGGACGGGCUGGAGAUGCAGGACUUUAAGGGGACCCUGAAACCGCGCCCGCCCCCCAGGACGGACCUCGAGCCGUACUCUAUCGGGCUGUCCUACCCAAGUUUGAUGCACCCCCUCCCUCCCUACUCCACUGUGGAGAGACAGAGGCCGGACGGGGAGGACAACAUGCUGGACUCGCCCUACCUGGAGGACCCCUGGGAAACGGAGGGUUUUGUGAUGCCCCCAUCGGUUCCCCCCAAACACCGUGCGGACAAAGGGAUCAACGUCAUUACCCAAUGUUAAGACUGUCGUGAUGGUGUUCUUCGUCAGAGUAAUGUCAGUGGACAGGAACUGAAUCAGUCUGUGGACCAUCAUCCAUACCGUAC